AUGGAAUCACACUCAAUCAUAUCAAAUGAAAUUAGUGAAGAGAUCCAGGACCUAAAGAGCAAGCUUCUCGAAUGGUCUAGUGGAAUUAAUGGAAUGCUAGAGUUGGGAGUGGAAAAGCUGAAUGAUCAGGUUUCCCGUGAUAUAAAUGUGAUUAAGGACUCAAGUAUUCGGAUUGAUGGAUUGGAAAAGCGAAUUAAAGAUUCCCAAGAAUUAUCAGAAAUCAAGAAAGUUGUUGAAUUUGAACAGGAGGAAUUUAAGAAAUGUUUUAAUACCAAUGCUAAUGCUCUUUCAGAGAAAGUAGAAAGGCUAGAGAGACAGCUUCAGGAAGAUAGACAACGAUUUGAACAAGAAAAAUUGGUUUAUGAGGCAGACUUAAGGGUAGCUAAGCAACAAUCUUUGGAAAGAGAGAAAAGCUGUAGAAUUUAUAGUGAAAACUUGGGACUAAAUAUUGGGAAGGUAAACGGCAGUAAUAGAUUUACUUUUACCUGUUUAGACGAAGGUUCCCCAGACAAAGAAUUUUAUUUUGAUUUGUUUUACAAUGAGAAAGCUCAGCUCUUUGAAGGGGUUGGGUCCAACCCACAAGUUAGAGAUUUUCAAUCUAACAUUGAGCUAUUGAAUUCAAAGUCUAUUUCAUUUAGGCAAUUUAUAUGUAGAAUGAGAAAGUCAUUCAAACAAUUAGUAGAGUAG